AUGGAUAGGGGAAAGCAGUUGCGAAACACCACUAUUGGCACAUCAACUGCAAGUUUUUUUAAUGUUGCUAUAUUGGCAUUUAUAGUGACCACUUUCAAAUACAUUGUUGAGACCAUUUACGAGUUUGUAUUGCAGAAGUCUACGCUAGUUGUUAUUCAAUAUGGCCACCCCAGUGAUCAAUCUACAAGAGAUGUGAAGGGUUUAUCACACAUUGAUGAGGAGGAAAAAGUCGAGGACUCCAAUGUUAGUUUGUUUCCUUUAAUGACUUCUAACAAUGAUGUCAACCAUACUAAAGAGGAGCAAUCGGACGAGUGUUUAGUACCAACAAGUUGCUCCAUGGGGCUUACCACUAGAUUGUUACCUGUCAAGAAUGCAAAUGGAGAAUUGGAGUGGGUAUUCACUGACGACGACUCCAUGUUGAAUAAAGGCACAGAAUUGGACGUAUUCAAGAUUCCACAACCACAGAAUCACAAAUUAGGGGAUAAUAGCAAUAAUGAGCUUUCCCCAACAAUGUCAAACUCAUCUAAUGAGACAACAUUGUCUGCAAAAUUAGAAUUGAAUAAUUCACAAAGCAAAGAACAUUCAGUUUCACCGAAUGGAUCAUCUCAUUCAUCAUCCUCACCAUAUAUGGAAGAUGAUGGUGAAGAACAUGAACAUGAUUAUGAGCGUGAAGUUGAUGGCGAGAAGACGUUUCAAUGCCCACACUGCGACGCUAAUUUCAAAAUCAGAGGUUACCUCACCAGACAUUUGAAAAAACACUCAUCUAGUAAGGCUUAUUCUUGUCCUUUCCACACCCAAAGCAUAUAUAAAGAUAAAAACAACAUCACUCAUAAAUGUCACCCAACUGGAGGGUUUUCAAGAAGAGAUACUUACAAAACACAUUUAAAGUCGAGACAUUUUGAUUAUCCAAAGGGUAUCAAGUCCAAAAAUAGAGGGAAUAGCGAAGGGCAUUGUUCAAUGUGUGGAGAAUAUUUCAAAAGUGCUGAAAUGUGGUGUGAAAUACACGUUGAAGGUGGAGAAUGUAAAUUUUUACCACACGAUUACAAAGGCAAAUCAAGAAUUAAAAACAGAUUGAAGAAAAAAUUGCAAAAGAAUGAAGAAAUAACCGAUCCUGAAUUAUUACCCUUUGCCUCAAAAGUUCUUGAAGAGGUCAAGGAGCAAAGAAUGCAAAAGAGAUUAGCCAAGAAGGAAAAGAAAAAGAAGAGUUUAAAAAGACAAGUUCAACAACAACACCAACUUCGUUACGAUGUUGCUGUAAACUCCAAUUAUCACCACUCUUUGAAUGGCCCUAUAACGAUGUCGCCACCACCACCACAACAACAUAUGGAUACACCUUCUUCAAUGGCAUCGUCAUCACAAUAUGAAUCUUCUUCGGUACAUUCACCAUAUACACCACAGACGUCAAAAUCACCAUUGAGUUUAAUGACGAAUAGUUUUGUCAAACAAGACCAAUCUCAAAUUCACCACGACCAACAUCAGUAUCAACCUCAACCGCAAUAUACUCCAGCGCCAUAUCAAUUUGACCAAAUUGCCACUGCUCAUACUGCUUUGAAGCCAAGUAUACAGGAGGAUUACGAUGAUGAAUAUUGUCUUGAUGUUGAUCAAUUGAGUCCACAGUCGACGCGACAAUUUAAUGAGUUGGCACAAAUGAUCAAGUUGCAGCAACAGGAACAGCAAAUGCAGGAGCAAGCAUUUUUUCAACAGCACCAGCAACAACAACUUCAAGUAGUACAAGGUGUUACAAGUCAGUACAUGGGUUGA